AUGGCAUUUGGUAGUUUUAAUGAUAUCUGUAAUAAAGCAGCAUUUCCUUUAUGUUCAGUGGUAGGUAGUCAAAGUAAAGACUUUACCAGAGGAAUUUUACCCGAAUGUUACGCUAGACCAGUUGAAUUAGCAAACACCAUGAUAUUCCAAAUAGGUAAUGCGUUUGUUCAAUUUGGUGGAUUAGCUGUAUUGUUAAUGAUUAUCUUUAAUAUCAGACAAAAAUAUACUGCUAUUGGUAGAAAAGAAAUGUUGCAUUUUACUUACUUAUUCAUAGGAUUAUUAGUAAGUACAUUAGUUGUAGAUUGUGGUGUUAGUCCACCAAGUUCAACUAGUUAUAGUUAUUUCGUUUCUAUUCAAUUAGGUUUAGCAUCAGCUACAUGUAUAUCAUUAUUAUAUAAUGGUCUUGUUUGUUUCCAAUUCUGGGAAGAUGGAUCCAGGAAAUCCAUGUGGUUAUUAAGAAUAAUAUCAUUAAUUUGGUUUUUAAUAAAUUUUUUCGUUUCCGUUUCAAGUUUUAAAAGUUGGGGGAUUACCAAUAAUAAAGAUACUUUAGCUAUAUUUAUUAUAACUUAUAUUGUUAAUGCUAUCAUAUUAGCUACAUAUGUUGUAAGUCAAGUCAUUUUAGUGUUCUUUGCUUUAGAUUCAAAUUGGCCGUUAGGUGCUAUAAGUUUAGCCGUAUUCUUUUUUGUUGCUGGACAAGUAUUAGUUUAUGUGUUCAACGUACAAAUUUGUAAAGGUACUUCACAUUAUAUCGAUGGAUUAUUCUUUGGAUCCCUUUGUAAUAUUUUUGCUGUGAUGAUGAUUUAUAAAUUUUGGGAUAUGAUAACUACUGAUGAUUUGGAAUUUUCUGUAGCUACAGCAGAGAAUGGGGUAAACACUUUUGGUAUGGAAGAAGAUAAAAGAAAUAGUAUUUUCUUUAAUUAG